GCGGCUACCCGGCCAGCUGUUUGCCGCGUCGUCGCUCGCGUGUGCACUUUCGUGCCCUCGAAAAUCUUCGCAGACCCACGCGAAAUCGCUAUUUAAGUAAUCCCAAAUUGCCCGUUCUCGCGAGGUAAUAAUAAGUGCGCACCGACGCUUAGAUAACGGAUAGCAAACGAACGGACCGUCCAGUAGGUAGAGCGAGACCGAGGCACGCGGGCAUGUUCUUCAAAUAUCGCUUCCUUUUCUUUUUCCUUAACAAUUGCUUUAUUCGUCAUUCGUCGUCAUGACCGAGCAGCUACUUGAAAAUCAAUGAAAUAUCAGGACUUCGGGUAAAUUAUUUCCCCUUGAAAAAUGCCACUUAGUAUAUUAUUUGGCGGAAGGAUGCAUGGCUUGACUGCGUUUCUCAUGAGUGCAAGCGCACUGACCGCUAUGAGCUUGGGUAUUGCUUGGUACGACAACUACAGAAAGAUCAUAGACGAAAGAAAACUCGCGAAGAAAAUCCUCUCGAGUCCAGACGCAUCGUGGAGAAGAGUAGCCAGAGUUAAGAAGCUGCUUGGCUGUCCUCUGAAAUCGGGCGGAGUCAUUUCCGUCGAAGAGCGCCGCUUGAGCGAACGCGGCGUUACCACUCACCGAGAGGUUUGUCCUGCGGAAUAUAGGAUGUUCAUAGCUAUCGACGAAAAUACAAGCAAACUCGUGACAGCGCGUUCACACCCGAAACUGAUGCUCGCCAAACUGACCUUCCUCGCCAAAAAUCGUGCGAAACUCGAGACCUCCAGUAUGCCGCCGUUGGAGUUUAGUUUGCCGGAUGUGAGACAAGUGAAGUCGGUCAUGUUAAUAACGUGGUGUGGCGGAUGCGUCACCGGUAUCGACUGUGGACCAGAACCGAGCAAAUGGCUUUCGCAGUAUCUAAAUGGUUCAGAUUAUGGAAUUAGACUGGCCAUGCGGGCGCCUAAUCAGCGUCGAGACAUCGUAAGAGCAUGGAAGUCGCACGCCGAGCUUUACCCCAACGUGAGAGACGAUGAAUCAGGUCUCUUCUCAGAUUUAGCCAGCUACGUGAUAAUGCCGCGAGACGAUUCGAACAAUUCAAUCGAGAGACCGAUACAGUCACUGCCAAUGCGACCGAAUAUCGUGGUGGAAGGUUGCCAGCCUCGCGAUGAGAAUGAUUGGGAGUGGAUUAAAAUCGGCAAGCAAGCGAUUAUACGGCGAUUAAAGUGGCGCAAAAGAGGCGUAAUGUCAAGGUUUGAUCCCGACACUGGCAUACCAGAUCUAAAAUACGAACCACUUAAAACCUCGCGAACGCUAAAGGAUCCUGCAUUGAACAAACUAAAAAGUUAUGCAUCCACCAUUGGUGUGUACUGUGGCCUCUAUCGCGCUGGAACGGUUUGCUUGAACGAUGACGUUUAUGUCUACCAUGGCGAUUGACAAUUUAUUACACUUUUCGUCGUACGAAUUGGAACCAUUAAAUGCAGAUUGCAUUUCAUUGUUCUUCCGUUACGAAAUUCUUUGCGUUCAUUAAAAGUUCAACUGGUUUUGUAUAAGUUUUGAACAAUAAAAUAAUUGACUAAU